UUAUGUUAGAGCUCUUGACGGGUAGAAUGUCCUACGAUAGGGACCGAAGUAGAGGAGAGCAGUUCUUAGUGAGGUGGGCAAUCCCUCAGCUUCACGAUAUUGAUGCAUUGGGCAAAAUGGUUGAUCCAUCUCUUAAUGGACAAUACCCUGCAAAGUCAUUGUCACACUUUGCUGAUAUAAUUUCCCGGUGUGUUCAGUCUGAACCAGAAUUCAGACCAUUGAUGUCUGAAGUUGUUCAAGAUCUACUAGAUAUGAUCAGAAGAGAGCGCCAUGGUUCAGGCGAACCUAGUGCUGACUAGGGAUUUGUAAAGAAGCAUUUGUUAUCGGAUCAUCUCUGUGAAUUCGUGGAAACAAGAGAUGUUCAGUUUUCCAGAAACAACAACAACAUAGGGAACUAAACCAGACACAUAAAAAAAGAGUCAAAGGCCUCAGGGGAUGCUUAUAAGCUGAUUCUACAGCCAAGAAGAGGCUUAUUUCAUGUGAAUUGUCUCAAGCAAAAGGAUCAAUGUGCUUGCUUCCAAUCAGCGAUUAUUCAAUUCGCGGGGAGUUUCUUUUUGUGAAUCUUGAAUCAUCUGUGUUAGUAAUAGACCUCUACUGUAAAAUGGUGUGUGUUACUCUGAUUCUUUGAACUUGUUUUACUUAGAAGCUCAUAGAUCUUACUCUGUAUUGUAUUCUUUUUAGUAUGUAUGUGAGUGACUAUGUGUAUUUUUACCUGGAACAUAUACUUUACUAAUCAA